AUGGAGCUCAUCGAGCUGCGGGAGCUGCAGCCGGAGCCGCGGCCGGGCCGGGGCCGCCUGGAGCGGACCAACGCGUUGCGCAUCAGCCCGGCCCGCCGGCCCGGCCCCGGCCCCGGAGCGCACCCUGACCCGCGGCUGACAGCGGCACCGGGCGCCGGGCACCGCUUCGAGCCGCGGCGCCGCGGGCUCCACACCUGGUGCGACCUCUGCGGGGACUUCGUCUGGGGCGGCGGCAGGAAGAGCCUCCAGUGCCGCCACUGCAGCUUCACCUGCCACUACCGGUGCCGGGCCCUGGUGCGGCUGGACUGCAGUGGCCCCCCGGGCACCAGCGAUGAGGACGAUGGCACCGAGCAGGCGCUGGAGAAGGACACCAACGUGGAUGAGCCCAGCGAGUGGGAGAAGGCAGAGCUGGACCAGGCGCAGGUGGAGCAGCGGAUCAAGGAGUACAACAGUCAGAUCAACAGCAACCUCUUCAUGAGCCUGAACAAGGACGGCUCCUACACCGGCUUCAUCAAGGUGCAGCUAAAGCUGGUGCGCCCUGUCUCGGUGCCGGCCACCAAGCGGGUCCCCUCCCUGCAGGCGGGGCGGCAGGGGCCGCGCGCCCAGGGGGUGAAGCGCCGCACGUCCUUCUACCUGCCCAAGGGGACCGUCAAGCACCUGCACAUCCUCUCGCACACCCGUGCCAGCGAGGUCAUCGACGCCCUCCUCCGCAAGUUCACCGUCGUCGACAAUCCUCGCAAGUUCGCCCUCUUCGAGAGGUCCGAGAAGGAUGAGCAAGUGUACCUGCGGAAGCUGGCCGAUGAGGAGCAGCCCCUGCGGCUCCGGCUGCUGGCCGGCCCCAGCGAGAAGGUGCUCAGCUUCGUCCUGAAGGAGAAUGAGACCGGGGAGGUGAACUGGGACGCCUUCACGCUCCCGGAGCUGCACAACUUCCUGCGCAUCCUGCAGCGGGAGGAGGAGGAACACGUGCGCCAGCUGCGGCAUCGCUACGCCUGCUGCCGCCAGAAGAUGCAGGAGGCGCUGGCCACGCGCACACCGGGGUGACCGCAC